CUGAAGUCAUAAGAAAGCGUCACACAGAGAUGCGUACUGCACACUCCCUUGUAUGGUUGGCCACAGCUGCCACAGUUGCCACCGCCGUCAGGAUCAACAAGCCCCGUCUUCUGUCGAAAAGACAGAUGAAUUGGGAAGAGCAGGAAGAGGCAACAUACGACGAUGCCUGCAAUAUUGGUUAUUGUUCUGUGUUCGGAGCAACUAUUGGCGGCUGGGGGGCUGAGCACAACUUUGUGAAGACAGUGGAUGAGUUUACCGCUGCCAUGGCAGGAACAGAAGUCGGCGUAGUUAUUGUCGGUGCGGCUAUUGAGGCAGAAGGCAUCCAAGUUGCAGUAGGGUCCAGUAAGACCAUUAUCGGUGCUCCUGGAAGCUCUCUGAGCGGUAUCAGCCUGCUGCUAAAAGACAGCCGCAACGUUAUCAUCCGUAACCUAGUCAUCUCCAACACCAAGACCGAUGCUAUCACUAUCCAGAACGGCCGCUCCAUCUGGCUCGACCAUCUAGACAUCUCGGCUUCGGGUGGAAAGCUUCUAGGAAUCACUAGCGGCAGUGACUACAUCUCGGUGAGCCACAACAAAUUCCACGGCUUCUCACACGCCUUCGAUUCAGCCGUGGCAAUCGGGCACCCAGACAGCAGCGCUCUUGAGGACAACGACAAAUUCCACAUAACAUUUGCGAGAAACCACUUUGUGAACGUCACCAAUGCCCUGUCGUUCCGAUCCGGCACUGGGCAUAUCUUCAAUUCGUUCUACGAGAAGCCACAGAGAGGUCUUGACAUUGGAAGUGGUGGGAAGGUGCUGGUAGAGAAGAGUGUGUUUGACGGAAUUGGGACUGGAAAUGCAGUGUUUUCCUCUGACGGGAGAGGCUAUGCUACCAUUAAAGACGUCGUGGUUGUUGGCGCCUAUGGGAGCUUCCCUCCCGAAGCCGACCUGAGCGAGGAAAAUGUGACAUAUCCGUAUGACUGGUUCAUCUACGAAACAGCCAAGGUCAAAGAUGUAGCUAGUCGAUGGGCAGGGCAGACGCUCAAGUUCAUGUCUUGGGAUUAGUAAUGAGGUAUCUAGGUACAUCACUAGACACUGUUAUGUGCGUGGCAAGGAAUCAAUAAUCCGUCUGUGAGGCGGCUUUUUAGCUACCA